GUCCAGGAAAAUGGCUACUACUUCUUCCACUUGACGUUUGGGACCAGAGAUAGUGUUCCCGUCAGUGUUUGGCACCGUUUCGUCGGCUUAAAAGUUCGCAUCACAAGUAUUCGCGUAGUAGAGAGAGAUAGAAGAAAGAAUGGCAUCCCCCCAUCUCUCCCCACAUGCCUCCGUGGCAAGCCUGGGAGGCAAGCAGGACAUGGUAAAACUGGCCAUCCAGGCCGACUCCUCGCGACCCCACACCCAACCCCUCCUCCUCAUCGUAUCUCAGUCCCAGCAACUGGCGAGCAUCAUCGCCGACAUUUGCGGGCAAUGGGGGCUACCCAACCCAGAUCAAUACGCUCUCAAGUACGCUGACCCACCCCCCAACGUCACGCUACUGUCCGGAAAAAUUGGCUACAUCACGGAGGAGAACCGUCACAAGCUAAAGAACGGGGACAUCCUCCGAAUCGCUUUCAAACCGUCCACGCAGGCGCGAGAGUCGUACGAAAAGAUUCGCUCACCGCGUGUGGAGGAGCGGAGAAAGGCAAUCGACGAGUUGUACCUUCUCUCAAAGGACUACACCUUUGCGCUCGAGUUCAUGAAGCUGAACGGGAUAUCGCAGCUUAUGGCGAUGGUGGAAAACAGUCAGCUGGUGAACGACCUCGAGAUUAUGCAGCUUGCCAGCAUCCUGGGAGCCUUCCUCGAGCUAAUGGAGCACAGCAUUGUGUCGUGGGACAGCCUCACCGAGAACUUUGUCAAAAAACUCAUCAACUUUGUCGACAGGUCGCUCAAGCAGCGCGAGUACUUUCGCUCGGGCGUGGUGUCACGGAGUCUGAGCAUUCUCGAGUCGAUUGUCAUCAACAGCCCCAAGUUUUACGAGACGAUAGCGCGCGAAGUCACGGUGAGCAGUACCGUCCCGUUCCUGGAAAAGCAAGACACGAAUGUCAAGUACAGCACGCUCGCCUUCAUCAACGCAAUGAUUUCGAAAUCGGCCGACCAGGAGAGCGUUCUAAACGACCUCCGCGAGAAGAGGUUCAAUCGGAUGCUCAACGAUCACAUCCUCACACCGUUCCAGGGGCACGUCCCGCAGGAGAUAGCCCACGAGCUCUACGUCUACCAGUGCCACAUCAUGAACCUCGCCGAGCGGCACAUGAAGACAAAAUUUCUUCAAGGCGAUCCAAUCAUGGAAGACGAGCUGCGCAUGCUCCCCGCGCGAGCAUUCCCAGAGGAAAUAUCUCGCUCGUCGAAAAUCCCCGAGACCCUGUGGAAGCAGCUGGGGUUUCUUAGCGGGAAUCCUAGGGUGGAAUUGGGGGAUACUCCACCCGGGGUGCUCGCACUCCAGUGCAUGGGGUACCUCGCCAAGACAAAGCACGAGAUAUUCACGCAGCUGUUGUUCGGGCACACGGACAACCAGUGCCCGUUUGCCCACGCCAGCAUAAUGCUCACCAAGGUCCUCUGCCAGCUCUUCCACGUGGGGGAACCCCCCUCAGAGAUAGGCUACGAGUUCAUCCCGUGCUUGGUGUGGGCCAACGACCCUCUCAAGGACGUGUACUGCAUCACCAUCCAACUGCUGUACAAGACGUGGAGAGAGAUGCGAGCGUCCAUUCACGACCUCGAAAAGGUAAUGGCCGUCGUUACGAAGCAGAUGAGCAUCGUCCUCCAGACGGGGUCCUCCACGCUCAUCACCUUCGAUUUCUUCAGGAUGAGGUUGUUUGAGCUGAGCUACAAGAAGAUAACCGAGUCGGAGGAAAACAGCCAACUUCUGGAGGAAGGCGUUCUCAAAUCGAAGCCCGUCCAAGAGCUCUGCGCGGAGAUCCGUCCGGAAAUCGUCCAGCUGGUACGCGAGGAGCGACUGCGGCAUCUCACGGAAGGCGCCUCUUUCCCCAAAGUCAAGCGUGGACGCGACCGCGACCAGUUUUUCUACUGCCGUCUCUCGCCCAACCACAAGGUGAUCCACUUUGGUGACUAUAGCGGGAGCCAACCGCCGCCUCUGGAGGCGCUCGACAAAAAGAUACAAGUGUCGGACAUGCGGCUGGAGACUGGAGCAGCGUGUCCUCACGCUCAGGCCAAGAAGAGCGCCAACCAAAACAUCUUCUCGCUGUUCUACGAGGGCGAGGAGCACCUCGAUUUCAUCGCACCCAACGAGACCGUCUACAACAUUUGGAUUGACGGGCUGUCGGUGCUCCUGGGCCAGCCGAUGAGGAGCAAGGCUUCUACCGAGGACGUUGACACUCUGCUGAACAUGGACUUGAAGCUGCGGCUGCUCGACAUUGAAAAUAUCAACAUUCCCAGCCAGCCUCCUGCCAUACCCAAAGAGCCUGCAGAUUACGAUUUCUAUUACAAAUUGGACAACUGACAAAUGUUGUGUGUUUUUUACCCUAAAUCUUUCUAGAGAUGCUUAUGAGUAUUCUGUACAAUGCUUUCGCCUCUUUUUAUGCAGUGUGAGUUAAAAA